AUGAAGGAUCUGCCCUUCGAUCCCUCCACUCUCAGAAGGGAAAAAUUACGAGGCGUCGGCGUUGGACUCUCUUCCGAGGUCGUGCAUAUCGCGGGGACGAAUAUUGUCGCCAAAAUUCCCGCCCCACAGGAUCUCGAGGAUCAAAAGGUCGAGAAAAGGAUAUAUGAGCGUCUUCAGGGGCAUCCAAAUAUUCUCCGCUAUCUGGGUCAAAGCCCUCCAGCAUGCACGCUAUUACGCAAUGCCCUGUUAUUUGAAUACCAUCGUCAUGGCACUCUGAUAGAUUGCUUGGACAAGAUUGUUCCUGGACGAAGUCGUUGGCCCUCUCAAGCCGUAUCAGCUGUGGCAUAUAUUCAUUCUAAAGGCGUUGUGCAUGGGGAUAUUGGUCUUCAUAACUUCCUCCUUCAUGACGACGGUAGACUCAUUUUGUGCGACUUCGCAGGCUCCGGUCUAGAUGAGUUACCUCCUAACGUGAGCGCCGGCGUACGAUAUCUCAACCCAUUAUUUGACUCGGACUAUCCCUCAGAAAGAGAUGACGUUUUUGCACUAGGCACCGUGCUUUACGAACUUGACCGUGGAGAACGGCUCUUUGAGGGGAAAAGCGAGCGGGAGAUCAGACAAUGUCUACGGAACAAGCAGUUUCCUGACCUAUCUCUGGUGUCCUCACCAUUGAGGCAAGUGAUUGAGAAAUGUUGGACAGUCCCCGAUUACAAAGCUGGCAACGCUGGAUUGAGCUAG